GUUCCACAGUCGACAGCUUCGAUGGCCCAGAAGAGACAGAAAUAUGAGGUUCAAAUCCGAAAGGCGAUACAAAGAGCACUACUUAAGCCCCAAAUACCUUCAGAUUCACGCCGUCACCAUUGGGCCAGUCGCUGAUCUAGUCGUUGCCAAUGCUCAAGUGUCUCCAGACGGGUUCAUCAAGUCAGCGGUUCUUGCUGGCGGCACUCUCCCCGGGCCCAUUAUCGUGGGUCAGAAGGGGGAUACAUUCAAGAUCAAUGUCACCAAUUAUUUAAAUGACGAAACGAUGCUCACGGGCACCAGCAUUCACUGGCAUGGACUAUUCCAAAACCACAGCAAUCAAAUGGACGGCUCAGCUUUUGUUACGCAAUGCCCGCUCUCUCCGGGACAGUCUUUUCUGUAUGAAUUCAAUGGUGGCACUCAAGUAGGGACACACUGGUACCACUCUCAUUAUGGAGUCCAGUACUGCGACGGUCUACGAGGCGCACUGAUCAUCUACGACCCACAAGACCCAUACCGUUUGUCGUACGAUAUUGAUAAUGAGUCUACCGUCAUCACGUUGAUGGACUGGUAUCACUUACCAUCACCUCAAGUUCAGCGACAAGUAAAUCCCGAUUCGGUGCUGAUCAACGGUGUCGGGAGUUAUCAAGGGGGGCCUGAUAUGCCUUACCCCAUCAUCGACGUCCAGCCAUACAAGCGAUAUCGUUUCCGUUUACUGAAUAUGGCGUGCAAGCCCAACUAUAUUUUCUCAAUUGACAACCAUAAUCUUACGAUAAUCGAAGUUGACGGCCAAUACGUCGAGCCGCUCGUGGUCAACUCUAUCCAGAUCUACGCUGCACAACGGUACUCCUUCAUUCUCGAGACAAAUCAGACUGUCGACAACUAUUGGGUGCAUGCGGAUCCCAACGCAGGAACAAACUCCACGGCCAUCUUGCGAUAUGCAGGUUCUCCCAAUGUGGACCCCAAGAACAGGACGACUCCAAAUUCAGCCGCUCUGAACGAGACUAGCUUACACCCUUUAUAUCCUCCUGCACCUUCUUUGCUUCAGCAAGACGCAGACGUCAAGCUUAAUCUCGUCCUCGGGAAAAAUAAUACCAGUUUCAACUUCCUCAUCAACGGCGUGCAGUACACGUCUCCUAGUGUUCCUGUUUUACUACAGUUAUUGAGUGGUGAUAUGACGGCUUCGGAUCUGGCACCUAAUGGCACCGUAUACACUCUUCCGCGGAAUAAAGUCAUCGAGAUUUCCUGGAACCCUGAUAAUUCUCCAGGUCGCCCACAUCCAUUCCAUCUGCAUGGGCACAGCUUCGCUGUCAUCAGAAGCGCUGGAAGUAGCAACUAUAACUAUGUUAAUCCCGUUAUGCGUGAUACCGUGACCACUGGUGUUGCUGGUGACUAUGUAACUAUCCGCUUCAUCACUGAUAAUCCUGGGCCGUGGUUGUUGCACUGCCACAUCGAUUGGCAUCUACUUACCGGAAUGGCGAUAGUAUUUGCAGAGGCUCCUCAAGAUCUGGCAUCGCAGCCUCUCACUAAUUCUUCGAAGCAGCUCUGUCCGAUAUACGAUAGCCUUCCACAACAAAAUUUCCCUCUCCCGCCACCAGAUUCAAGUUGAUUCAUUUGGGUUUUCGCGAGCGCUUCCUUUUACUUGUGCAAUACACCUUUGAAGCAGGAACUUUUUUAGAGGUAAUUUACUAGUCGUGAUAGAAAUAGAGAUGGAGACACAGAGAUACAGGUUCGGUCGACAAGCGCACAAACAUUUACGUUGCUUCUCCACGUUAUGCCAAACCAUCUAUGUCGCAAGAACAUUCCGAAGAAAAUAAAACUUUAUGUGGAACGAACAGUUUUCAGUGACCAUGUAGUUCGUCCACAUCGUCUAUCGAUGCUGAGGAUGCCUAGCGCCCAGUGUAUUCAUGACAUUCGUUAAAAU